AUGGAAGCCCUAACAGCGAUUGGCUUGAUCGCCAAUAUCGUUCAGUUUGUCGAUCUCGGCGCAAAGCUUGUCGGCUCUGCAAGAGAAAUGCGCGACUCUGCCAGCGGCAUGACGUUGGAGAACAAGAGUCUGGAGGAAGUUACCAUUCAGAUGCGCGAUCUAAGUUCGAGCCUGGACCCUCCCACCACGAACGCGGAAAGCUACGAUGAGCGAGUCCUCCGUCAGUUAGCUCAGGAGUGCCGUGAGCUGUCAGACCAGAUUCUCCGCCUUCUGAAGAAGAUUGCUCCAACCAGGCCGGGCUCGAGGCGUCAAAUCGUAGGCUCAUUGAUAAAGAAUCAGAAGUUCAGAAAAGAGAAGAAAGAACUCGGAGAGAAGCUAGCAGACUGCCGUAACCGGCUGCAUCUGCAAUUCGACAAGUUCACCAGUUCGAAAGUACAUGCGCAGCUCCAGGCCCUUGGAAAUCAUGCGCAAUCAAACCAAGCAAUCUUGCAAACGUUACCGCAACAGAUCGAGCGUAUUCGCCGAGGCACAUGUGUUGCUUCCUUGGGUGUUGAAGCCCUGGAUCAGUUGAAAGAGCUACUUGGAUUGACUGAAGUAGCUCAAGAAUCGGUCGUAGCUCGGAGUUUCCUCAAUGAUCUUGCGUUUGAAGGAAUGGAGGCCAGAGUUGAUGUCAUCGCGAAAGAGCACAGCGAAACCUUUCGAUGGAUUGUGGAGCAAGAUGCAGACGUCGACGACGUUACAUUGAAGACUAACGCUCGCGAACUAUACCUUUCAUGGCUACAUCAUGCUUUUGGAAUCUUCCAUAUCGCGGGAAAGCUGGGGUCGGGCAAAUCCACACUCAUGAAAUUCCUGUACAAGCAUCCGGAAACACGUAAACAGCUGUUGGCGUGGGCAGAUAACAAAACGCUGGUGAUGGCAAGCCACUUCUUCUGGAAACCCGCGAGGCUGCGAUUACAAAAGUCACUCAACGGAUUGGAGAGAUCGUCACUUUAUCAACUGUUGUUAUCCCACCAAGAGUUGACGAAGAAGGCAUUCCCAGAGAUUUGGGAACAUCGGAUGAGCAUCAAAGACGGUCGGAUGGAGCUACCACAUAGCCUCUCCCCGGAUGAAAUUCGCGAUGGCUUCAUGGCCCUCCUACGGGAUGAAACCGUUCAGCAAUCAUAUCGAUUCUGUUUCUUCAUCGACGCUUUGGAUGAGUACGAGGACAUACCCCAAUACGAUCAGAAAUACAUGGUCGACACACUCCGCAAAUGGACACAGAUCGCUCCAAACUCCAUCAAGCUAUGUGUAUCCAGCCGGGAAGAGAAUGUGUUUGAGAACGCUUUUGCUGGAGAUCCAAGGAUACGAUUACAGGAUCUCACCAGGCACGAUAUGGAGUGUUUCGUACGUUCUAGGCUCGAGUCUGUGCAAGACCACAACACCCGAGAACGUCUUACAAGUGAGAUUGUCAAGAAAUCGGAUGGCAUCUUCUUCUGGGUUGUACUCGUCACCAAACAGCUCCGACAAGCGUUGGAAGACGGCGAUGGUGCCUCUGUUUUUGAGAAGGAGUUGGCCACACUGCCUACUGAGUUGAAGAAGCUGUUCAAUCAUCUUCUCGACUCUAUCUCCCCAUUGCGUAGGGAAAGAGCGCAUCAAAUCUUUGCUAUGGUGCUAAAACACGAGACAUUGCCGAUCAAACUAUCGCUAUUGUCUUGUCUACACCUUGAUGCAAAUGAAAUGAAGGCACCAUCAUCGGUGGAGGAGCCUUCUAUAUUGCCUGUCCUGGACUACCAAGACGGACAAGACCCACACAAAUGGUACGAAGAGCAUGAAAAACAAGCUCGGAGACAACUACAUGGGUAUUGUAGAGGACUGGUCGAGGAUCGAGUUAACCCUGAAGUCUGCAAGCAAGAAGGGGGGUCCGAGGACCCCAGACCUGAACCCGACCCUUCUAAACCCGCUGGAUCGAGAUGCAUCCUGUUCGUACAUCGCACUGUCAUCGAAUUUCUUGAAGAUUCAUUGAUCCUGAAGCACGAAUUGGGCGAGUUCGAUGCGAUUGAAACAAUCUCACAGUCGCAUUUGGCAGAAUUCCAACGCAUACCUUCUUCUCUUAUCAACCCGCUGUACUGGACAUACCUAUACGGUAAAAUCAUCGAGCUACGGUUUCACUCUGGAAGAGAUAGGUCGCAGGGCGACUUCAUUGUGCAGCUGGAGCAUUUGAUCUCACGAAAGUUCCCGGGUUGGCUGGAGAAAGAGCUACCUCCCUCCGAGGAAUGCGUUGACGAUGCUGCAGACGAUUACUGUCAACUUAUCGUCCUGUUCUUGCAGAAGUACGAGAGGAACGUUGUCCACAAAACGAAAAUCGAAUAUGGUGGACAGGGGGAAUUCGGAGGAUGGGAAUGUACAGUUAUGAAGGUAAAAGUACCGGGCAAGGUGUCAGCGGAUAUGAUUUUCAGGGGUUUUACACCUGGAACUACUUGCCAUACUAUUAGCAGGGAACUUGGCCACAACGCCUCAAUGGAGCAGCUGGUGAAGUUGUGGCAUCUCGAGAACGAGCGAGAAAUUCUUGGAUUGCUAGAACAGGAGCGCAUGACCAUGGAAAGCAAAGAACAAGCCGCGGACCUGGUCGUCACGGCCAAGGAAACCUUCGAGAAAAGCUCGUCCGAUAGCACUCCAGCUUUCGACACAGCGUCUAGGUCGCUUCAGAGGGUCGACAGUGCAGCCGAGAUUCGAAGCGAAAGCGGCGUAAUAGCGUCUGGUUUGCCCGUCGAAACCAAGGCAGACGUCGAUACACCCCAACCCGAGGCCGCCAAAACCCGCUCUAUUCAUGCAUUGGGUAUCGCGACAAUCUUCGCCCUUCUAGUGUUGAUGUUAGCUUUUCUCAUCGCUCACCAAGACUAUCGGGGUCGAUGGUCUUCUUUUAUCGUACACUGA